UUACACUACAUACCAUAACCUUUAGUUAAAAGCGAGAGUACUCAAUGACAUUAGUUUUUGUUUUCCUAAAAAGGUUUUCUUUAAACGAGUAUUUCAGGGAAGUGUCUGUGUUUUAUUGCUGAGCCCAUUUUACGACGAUAGGCGUCAGAAGUUUCUAUCCAUUAGUCAAAUGAUGAAAUCAAGUUUGGCCAAUAACAGCAGUAUAAAUCCUCAAAUGAGUCUCUGGUGCGUACCUCAAAUCCUUUUCAGUUGCGACGCAGACGCGAAUCGCGACGGUUGUUAACGCCACAAGCAUUUUAAAAGACUCUAAAUGUAAGACUGCGCUUCGACCUGGCUUUGCAUUAAGUACAUUUGUGAGUUGUACGUGACCUGUGCUAAAUAAGUGACUGACAAACUUGGCCCACAAAGAGAUUCCGAUAAAAUCUUGUAUAACAUUUAUUCAAGUCAACAAAUCUGGGAAGCAACUGAGCUCAGUUCAGCUCAAACUCCAAACGAGACGGACUCAAAAAUAAUGAAAACAAUUGUUAAUCAAUCGUGGUAAUCGAGUGUGUUGUCGUCGUAUCUGUUUAGUUAAUUCUUCAGUUGCUAAUCAUGUGUCUAAGAGUCUUUAUCCUGUCACUGCUUCUUUGUGUGCUUCAUUCACAAAAUGUCAGAGGUCUUAUAGUGCCUGAGGAAGUGGCUUCUGGACUUUCCUACUCCUAUGGAUUCAUUCCCAAAAUAAAGAAAGGCAUUGAUUCACGCUUUGGUGUUGGUUGGCGCUUUGGCAAACAUGCCGACUUCCAGCUGCAACUGGAGCUGGGACCUCAGUUUGAAACACGUCCACUUGGCGUAUUAACCAAAAAGCGACAAACAAUAAAUAGCAAGAAUCAACUUGAUCGACUGAGAAUGUUCCACCAAUCUGGAAUGGAAAAGUUUCCCGAGAAACCACAAAUGAAACCGAAUGUAGUUAACCAGCUGCAGAAGUUGUACAAAAUGGCAAGUGAAGCAACGGAAGCGACGCCUACAACAACUGAGAUGUUUAUUUAAGCUAAGAAUUAUUCUUAUGAGUAAAGA